GGACAGGACUAAUUAUGAAUUACGAUGGCUCACACUACCCAAACGUAAAGGGGGCGUGUCACUUUCGUUUGAUUCCUCAACCAUUUGGCGAAUCACGUUGGUGUUCUGCGGACCGGAGGUUAGGGACUACUGGGUAUCAAAUAAAUAAAUAGUAGUAGGCCUAUGUCCAACGACUCAAAUAUUUCUAGCCUAAAUUCCCUAAUCCAUUAGACAGAAAUUAUUUUUCUCUUGCAUAAGACUAUGUUCUCAAAAAAAAUCCUAAAACAAAUGAGCAGGAGAGACACAGUUUAACCAGUUUGCAAGAUGGACAAUAUGUUAAGUGCAUCCAGAAAAUAAACACAAUUAUUUAUUUUUUAUCCGAGCAGGCAAACAUUGGGUUAUUUCAUUCACAAGGGAAACUUUGGUCCAACCAUCCGAAGUAAACCUACCUAUACCUUAUCCAAUUUAUUUUACUUCCCCAUAUUUAAUCAGUUAUAUUUAACCUGUAGCCUAAUAGUUAUUUAAAUAAUAAUAAUAGCCUACUCAUUUUGUUUUCUGAUGUCAUUGGUUCAAUCUUAUUUCUGGCCCAUCCCCUAAAAUAUUCAAUCAUUCCUUGGGGAAUAUGAUUUCGAAUCACGUGGACAUGGCCGAGAGUGUGGGGGUUUGGAGGAUGCCAAAUGGUCAUUUGUAUUGACCAGCAGAUCUGUGUUCACUAAGCUGACAUAAAACCACUGCUUCGGAGCGCUUCGGGCCCCGAACAUUCAGGGGGAAAAAACACACACAACACUGGGACAUAAGACGCGAGGGCCGCAAACAUGGCAGAAGGCGUCUGUAAGGCAGAUGAGGACGAGGGUCCCAGCGCCGAGGAAGACUCACAGUCCUUCCAUGGGGUCGGUGUGUGCAAGUGGUUUAACGUGCGCAUGGGCUUCGGAUUCCUGUCCAUGACCAACCGAGAGGGGGUACCGCUCGACGAAGCCGUCGACGUGUUCGUCCAUCAGAGCAAGCUGCAUAUGGAGGGCUUCCGCAGCUUGAAGGAGGGCGAGGCGGUGGAGUUCACCUUCAAGAAGUCAUCGAAGGGGCUGGAGUCCCAGCAGGUCACUGGCCCAGAGGGCAACAACUGUGUGGGCAGCGAGAGGAGGCCCAAAGGAAAGAACAUCCAGAAGAGGCGCUCAAAAGGAGACCGGUGCUACAACUGUGGAGGCCUGGAUCACCAUGCUAAGGAGUGCAAGCUGCCACCGCAGCCUAAGAAAUGCCAUUUCUGCCAGAGCAUUGAGCACAUGGUCGCCAACUGCCAAAUCAAAGCACAACAGUCUUCACCGGGUUCUCAGGGAAACCCUUCCUCCUUGAAAGAGGAGGAGGAGGAGCACAGCCACCCGGCGCUGCUGACAGAAACCACCGAUUAAGAUGGAGGGGGGGGGGGGGGGGGGGGGGGGAGCACCUGAUCCAGUGAAUGAUGGUAAGGAACCUGAUGGGGUGAGGAGGCUAAUCAGAAUGCUUUAGGAGAGGAGGUGGACAGCACACCCAGUACUGGCCCCGCUAACCUUCCGAGGCUGCUUUGGAACUACCUCAGGUUGUAAUGUGUUUUUUGGUUGGUGUAACAAUCAGGAAAGACACAAAUGAUGCGCUCUGGAAACGGUUUCCAUGAGGAUGUUUGAUGAAAAACACUUUAUUUUUUUUCUUUGAGCGAUGUAAGAUUGUAAUUUUUAUGCUGGAUUUUUGUGGCGUUUUUCAUCUUUCAUUUUUGUGAUAUUUUAAAGCUACGUGAUACAGCCUACAGCUACAUUGUAGCUGCCUUAUUUUUUAUGGUUUAUUCCUGGUUGUUACACCAAACUAACCGACAAAGCAGAGACAUAACGUAAUCUCUGUAAUGAAUGUUUGCAUAUCACAUGAGAAAAGGGUUGUGGGAGGGUAUGUUAGAGCAUAACGCAGGUAGGGGUUUGGGGUGGAGCUAUAGGCAAUGUAAUGGCAUCUGCUGAAAUUGCAAGUGAACAUCCACAUUUCCUAAGGCCAAAUGAAUGUUGCACCAGAAGUUGACACUUUUGGUUGAAAAGUUAGAAUUGUCGUUUAAUCCGUUAUUUCUCUUCGUUUCAUAUGUUAACAGCUGCAUGUCUGGUCUGCUAGUUUAUGUUGAUGACCUAACCACUGAUUGUAUACAAAUCUCUACCAUUUGGGUUUGAGAUUGUGAUGGGAACGCGGGUUGAAUCAAAUCAUUCUUGCACUACAGUAUUUAGGUAAUGGUUGUUCUGGUACCAACUCUCUUCCAAGAAAAUGAUGAAACCGUCUGUUCGACAAACUUGAAUCUUUUUUUCUCUCUCGCCUGAAUCAAUUUCCAAUUGACUGUAUGAUACCGUUGGGUCUGCUGGGCAAAAGCAGCUAUAUUAUAAGAACUUUGACUUGGAUUUAAUAUAAUUUCAAAUGUGAUACUAUACUGAAAAGAUUUGAAAAGAAAACCAUCUCCCAUAAGAUACUUGACAUGAACUGAGUUAGCAGUUUAGCUAGCUCUCCUCCUGAUCGCCUACUUGAAGAAACUAAGGCAGAAUUUAGAGUAGUGCUGCUAGUAGUUUGAUGCUGGUGUUCUUAUAUCCUCCACUGUGCUCAAUUAAGGAGUUGCAAACAAUACAAUUUAACUACUCAAGGGCAGCACCAAAUGCCAUCUCAGGCUAGUACCAAACCAGACCUUUGUUUGAGCACAUCACAAACGUCAUUGGCAAAACCUUGUUUAUAACCACAGAUGGUGCUGUCUUGUCAGUUUGAUUUUUAGCGUUUAGUUCCUCUUUAAUAGGUUACUUUAUAGAAUCUCUUAUAACCCACAGUUGGACAGUACAUCUUGAACACCAGGCACACACAAAGAAAACAUUUAGUGCUAACUAGCUUAUCAGCAUUUACUCCCAUUUUACAGGAGAAGCUGACUUUACUUUUACAACCAAUUAAUAUAUAUGUAUUAUUAUUCUAAAGUCUUUUUAAAAAAUCAUACUUUGUAUUUAUUUUCAUCCAAAUACGAUGCAGUUACUCUCUUUAAGCUAUCCUCUUAUCAAGGAAAUUUAAAGAACACAUCACCCAAUUUCCAAAGAUGAUGCAAUAUGUGUUAAAUUUGACAACUUGCAAAUGUGACAACAUUUUACCACCUCUAUGCUCAUUAUCAUCUAAGAAUUGGCUUUUUUGUUCACGUGUCAUGGCAAUUUCAUGCGUCUAUGUUAUUGCGUCUAGGUCAGAGGAGACUUCUAGAUGCAAAAAAGCACAUAAUAGUAGACAAUUAACCGAUUUAAUGUUAGCAUAAUACACUACAUACACACCAAGCUUUUAACAGUUUAAACUCCCUGCAAUCCAUUUGUCCUUACAUCCUGUGGGGGAAAUGUUUACAUACAGGUUUUUUUUCUGGUAUAGAUAAGGAGGUCCUUGUGACCAGUUCGCCCCAGGGAAAAGGUUAACAGAUGGGGUGGUAAAGCUUCAAGUAUUAAAACUAACCAACAUAGGAUUUUUUCCAUUGCAUCCGGUAACCAUAAAUGGGUCACCACUACUUUCAUAUUGACAAAAACCCCCAUUGAAUGCAGCUGCUAAAAACAAUAGGAAUACAAUAAUUCAAAUGUUUUAACCGGGUAGAUCAGUGCAUUUAGUGGUUGGAUACAAAGCAUUACAAUGAAAUAUGUAACCUGAUUUUUUUAUUAUUUGCCAUUUUGAUUAUGCUGAUGAGUUUUAUUUUUUUCUUCGUUUUGUUUUAAUCACAAUGCGUUUACCUGAAAGGGACACCUGUUGUCCCAACGAUCUAUGCCAAAACCAAUGCAAUGUUACUCUGCACUGAUCAUGUGUAAGAUGCAGUUAUUGUUUUUAUGUUCAGUUUAAUAAUUUUCAUUCAUAUUGUUUGUUUUUUCUUGAAUGUGUUCUAUAUUUUUAUGUUUUAGAAGUUGAAAGAAUAAAAAAACAGUGUAAUAGCUGGUAAUAAAGAAACAUGGGAACUGCCAUUCUCAGGCUCAGGAACAAGUGACCUGAAAACUCAGGGAAUUCAGGUUAUUGGUUAGGCGGAGUGUUCUUAAAGACAAACCAAUGGGUUCUAUGUUUUGUCCUAUAGCAGGUAAAGCGUGAGGUGGAGGAGAAGGUAGCACACUGCUGUUUAACGGUUUACAUUGUAAGACAAACCAUGAAAAUGGUCUCUUCCUUCAAAUGUUCCAACCGUUUUUCUCUCAUGGCUUUUUCCCAAUUGUUUACAUACUUGAUAGGAAAUAAAUAUUCAUAUAUUGCUUUUUCCUCCAUGAUUGUGACAUUGAGAUAAAUUAUAUUAAUACAAAGACAAGUCUAAUUAUCUCGGAUCAAUACUAUCAGUUCACUCAGGUUAUUUGAAACGGGUUAAUUGAUUAUCUAGGCCAAUGUAAUGCUUUUUAAUAUGACUGAUGGAUCAUUUGAUUGAUGUAUUGGUAUUGUUUAUGUGAGGUCAACAGUUUGUGACCCACAAUUGAUAUCCGUCUUCUUAGGAUCACCGAUUGCUCCCUUUUCAGUCAAGAAGGAGACAUGGUUUUCCAGUGAGUCUUUCUAUUUGAAAAAUCAAGUUCCCAAAACACAUUUUUUUAUGACGAAAUUACAAAACCAUGCUUUCAAUGUGAGUUUGACAGAAGUGACGAAAAAGAAUGUUUUAAAGCAAUAUUGUUCCAUGGGUCCAAGUUAGAAUUUCGAAACUCUGACAAACGUUUCUAAAGAGGGAUGAUCCUCUUUGACUCCGCCGUGAUGUGUUGUGAUUUUAUUGAUGGAUGUUGUUAAAAGGGUUGCUGCAGGACAUGGUUUUGUGCUCAAACCAAACCAUUUCCUGAGAACAGCGGACCCUGUUACACCGACAUGGAGAUUUGUGUGUACUUUGUAUUAAUUUUGUUUGACUCUCAGCUCUAUCAUUAGUGAUGUUUGAUGUUUUGAAUGUAGGUAGGCUGAGAGGAUUUCCGAAAAAUUUGCAUUUAAUACUGAAGAAUGUAUCAAUGUUCACUUACAUAAAGCUACGUUUGACUUGAGCUCAGGUAUUUCAAGGGUUAACGGCAUUAAGAUUAUUCUGUAUGGUUAUCCUUCAUGAUGUAAAGAUCUCCAUUUCAUAAUAAAUAUAUAGACAUUC